AUGAGCGCGCUGGUGGCGGCGCGGAUGCGGCACAUCCCGCUGGCGCCCGGCUCCGACUGGAGGGACCUGCCCAACAUCGAGGUUCGCCUGUCGGACGGGACGACCACGCGCAAGCUGCGCUACACCCACCACGAGAGGAAGAACGGCCGGAGCAGCUCCGGGGCCCUGCGCGGCGUCUGCUCCUGCGCCGAGGGGAAGCCGUGCGACCCGGCCGACCGGCAGUUCAACACCCUCAUCCCGUGGUGCCUCCCCCACACCGGCAACCGGCACAACCACUGGGCCGGGCUCUACGGGCGCCUGGAGUGGGACGGCUUCUUCAGCACCACCGUCACCAACCCCGAGCCCAUGGGCAAGCAGGGCCGGGUGUUGCACCCGGAGCAGCACCGGGUGGUGAGCGUGAGGGAAUGUGCCCGUUCCCAAGGAUUCCCGGACACCUACCGGCUCUUCGGGAACAUCCUGGACAAGCACAGACAGGUGGGCAACGCAGUGCCCCCUCCCCUGGCCAAGGCCAUCGGGCUGGAGAUCAAGGCCUGCGCCGUGGCCAAACUGCGCCAGGACACGGCCGGUUCCCGGGUGGCACCGAUGGAGCCGUUGGAGCCCUUGGAAGCCGCCGGCUGAGGCGGCGCCAGAGCCUGGAGAGACCCCUGGGGGGGUCAGGGGGCCUGGGGCUGCUUGGGUUGGUUUGGCUGGUUUGGGCUUUUUUGGGGAUUUUUGCUUUGCUUUGUUUUUCUUUU